AUUAACAAUCCAUUACCCUCGAGUCUUGCAUCGGAAUGUCGCAAGGCUUCCCGCAUUCUGAAUGGGUUCAUUGAUCCGGGACAGGGGUUGGAUAAAAUUAUCCCACCUUCAAUUCUAGCAAAAGCCAAAGGUCUCGCAGUCUUUACGGUCCUCAAGGCAGGCUUUCUUUUCUCUGGUAGAGCUGGUUCGGGUCUGGUGAUUUCCAGACUUCCUGACGGAUCAUGGUCUGCACCUGCAGCUAUCAUGACAGGCGGUAUGGGAUUUGGAGGUCAAGUUGGUGCUGAGUUAACGGAUUUUGUCAUGGUUUUGAACACUGCCGCCGCCGUUAAGACGUUCAUGCAUCAUGGUAGCAUUACUUUGGGCGGCAACGUUUCAGUGGCCGCUGGACCUAUUGGUCGAAACGCCGAAGCAUCAGGCGCCGCUUCACUUAAGAGCGUCUCAGCCGUAUAUUCGUAUAGCAGAACGCGUGGUCUUUUUGCCGGGGUGUCCCUGGAGGGUUCGGUCAUUAUCGAACGUUUCGAUGCAAACGCAAAAAUGUACGGGCGCAAAGUAUCAACACGUGAUUUGCUGAACGGUACGAUUCCUCCGCCUCCGCAAGCCGAUGCAUUGUAUCGUGCCCUAGAUACACGUUUCCAUAGUCAUAGUUCUGCUGGUAAUUACCAUAGCGGCGGUGACGGUCAUGGAAGCGGAUUGAGUCGAAGUGCAACCACAGGUCGUUUCUCUUUCAUGAAUGGCGGAAACAACAACAGCCGCCGAGAUGAUUUCAACAACGACAGUGGAUACGCAUCGAAUUACAGUCGUAGCAACUUGUAUGAGAGCAAUGGAGGUGGCGGUGGCGGUGGCUCUUAUGGGGGUGGUUAUGGUAGCUCGCGUGGUUUUGACUCGCCUUCACUGGGCAACACCCCAACACCACCGGCGCGCAACUCGAAUGAAGCACGUGCUCGUGCCGUGUUCAAUUUCGCUGGUGAACAGGAUGGUGACCUGCCGUUCCGCAAAGGAGAUAUCAUCACCGUUACGAAAAAGACCGACACGCAACAUGAUUGGUGGACCGGUACUUUGAAUUCACGCACAGGCAUUUUCCCUGCCAACUUUGUAGAA